AUGCGAAUGCACGCUGUCAGAUCAGGCGUGGGGCUUGUCCCCGCGGUGACGACGCAGCCUGGGCCAGGUCUCGGUGAGGCGCAGCGUGGCUCAGCGCUUGGAGUGGGCUUAUGUGACAAGUCUCGACCAGAGCAAAUGCUUCACAGGGGUUUCAAAGGAAGAGCACUUUCGAGCAUUUUUGGGCCGAGAGUGUGGCUUCAGGUCUGUGGGCGAGGCUGGUCAACACUUUAUGGUCACAAGGCUGAGCUGCAGGCACAAAAACGCGAUCGCCAAUCCGCAUUCAUUUUGCAAGUGUUGCAAUGA